AUGGGUAUAAGAAGAGUAACUAGCGAAAAUUUGUUGGACUUUUUUAAAAAUUUGUCGGUAAUACCGACAAAUUUCCAAUAUAUUUCUUAUCGCUUAAAAUCAUUUCAAUCCAGUAAAAUUGAUAGACUUACGAAACGCGCUUUAAAACAACACCUUUACUGGUCUGAAAAGCUGGAUUAUCCCGAUUCUGAUUGGCAUUCAUAUGCCAAUGAACAAAUACUUUCUUAUAGGGACAGGACUCAGUUACCCUUUGAAAAAGUAUCUUCUCAAAAUGAUUGUUCCGGACCAGAACUACUAAAAUCUUCUUAUAAUAAUGUAGAAAUGGAAUAUAAUGGUAUGAUGAAAGAGUUGAUUAUUGAUGGGUUUGGUAAAAUAACUGUAUCACACUCUAAUAUUUUUGACUCAAACGUCGAUGUAAUGCUUGUGCCUAUGCCGAAAUGCUUACUUCCACAUACUGGGUUUGGUUUAAAAGUUCUAGAGUUAGGAGGUAAAGAAUUAGUCAAAGCUAUAGUUAAACAGGCAAAGGAAUUGUUAAAAACAUCAUCUUCGGAACAUCUAGAUUAUGGAGAUGUAAUUAUGACACCAACAUACAAUGACAAAUUCAAAUGCACGUUAAUAGCAUUCGUUAUCACACCGUAUUAUUGGCAAAAAAGUAGAAAUGAUGCAGCUCAAAGACUUCGUUAUACAUUUAAACGGUGUCUCAAACAUCUCAAUUCACUAGAUAUCUCAACAGUUGCAUGUCCUCAUAUUGGAGAAUCUUUGCUAGGUUAUUUGCCAAAUUUCAGCUCAAGUAUCAUUAUUCAAGAAGCUUUUGAUGCCAUUAUUCAAGUUGAAUGUAAGACUCCAAAAUAUUCUCUGAGUGAGGUUUGUUUUACGGAUAAAAAUAAAAAUACCGCUUUGGUGCUUGCAGAGGCUUUAGAUGACGUUGAAAGAUUGAGAAUUCCUUCUAAAAAGGUCGUGCCAGCGCCUGUAUAUUUCAGUAGAUCCAGUGCCAGGAUUAUUGAUAUUGACCCUGGGACUCUAAGUUUCCUUAAGGAAUCAAGGAAACUCACCUUUAAACAACAUCAUGCUCUUCGUAAGAGUAGGAGAAAACAUUGGUUAUCAAACUUGAAACCUUAUGUAUGGAGAACUAGUAGAUUGCAUGAACCGCCUCCUUUCAUGGUCAAUUGUGAAACUGGUGAACCGGCAGAAUCGCAAUUAGAGCCUAGAACAUUCUACUACAAGGGACUAUCUCACUCACUAUUUCCUAUAAAUAGAGCUAAAAUUAAGGCACUGAAGAUGGGUGUGACUGGUAGAUGGGUUGGUAACACUAAGUUGAAUAAUAUCAAAUUUGAUAGAAUGGCCCAAGAAAAGUAA